AGCUGGACAAACAACUACCACAGUUGGCCCAACAACUUCCCCAUUUAGCACAUCAAGAACCACAGCUGGACCGUCUCCCACCACAGCUGUUAUGACAACAACCACAGCUGGACCAAUAAAAAACACAGCUGGCCAAACAACCAUUACAGCUCUACCAAUAACUAACACAGCUGGACCAACAGCUGUACCAACAACCACCAAAGCUGGACCAACAACUACCAUACUUAGCCCAACAACCACCAUAGCUGGACAAACUACAUCUGGCAAGACAACAAAACCUGUUCCAACAAAGACCACAGCUGCCCCAACGACUACCACAGCCGGCCAAACUACCGCAACAUUAAGCCCUACAACAGACAUUCCUGCCCCAUCAACUACCUCCGCUGGGCCCACAUCUACCACAGCUGCCCCAACAACUACAACAACUGCCCCAACAACUACCACAUCAAUCCCAACUCCCACUACAGCUGGACUACCAACUACCACAGCUGCCCAAACAACAACUACCGCUGCGUCAACAACUAACACCGCUGGAACAACCACUACCACACCUGGACCAACAACUACCAAAUCAAUCCCAACAACCACCAAAGCUGAACAAACAACUACCACCUCUGGACCAACAACAACCACAGCUGGACCAACAACUACCAUAGCUAGCCAACCAACCACAAUAACUGGACCAACCACAUCUGGCAAGACAACAAAAUCUGUUCCAACAAAGACCACAGCUGGUCCAACAACUAACACAGCUGGACCAACAAUAAUAUUUGGCCAAAUGACCACAACAUCGAGCCCCGCAACCAACACAGCUGGUCCAACAAAAAUCACAACUGGACCAACAACUACCACAGCUGGACCAACAACAACCAUAGCUGGGCAGAUAGCUACCCUACCUGGCCAAACAAAUACCACAGCUGGACCAACAACUACCACAGCUGCCCCAACAACAACCAAAGCUGCCCAAACGACUACCACAGCUGGGCAAACUACCGCAACAUUAAGCCCUACAACAGCCAUUUCUGCCCCAACAACUACCUCCGCUGGGCCCACAACUACCACAGCUGCCCCAACAACUACAAAAACUGCCCCAACAACUACCACAUCAAUCCCAACUACCACCACAGCUGGACUACCAACUAACACAGCUCGCCCAACAACAACCACUGCUGGACUAACAACUACCACAGCUGUCCCAACAUCUACCACCACUGGACCAAAAACUACCACAGCUGCCCAAACAAGAACUACCGCUUCGUCAACAACUAACACCGCUGGAACAACCACUACCAAACCUGGACCAACAACUACCAAAUCAAUCCCAACAACCACCAAAGCUGAACAAACAACUACCAGAGCUGGUCCAUCUACCCCAACAUUAAGCCCCACAACAACCACAGCUGGACCAACAAAAAACACAGCUGGAUCAAGAACUACCACAGCUGGACCAACCACUUCUAAAGCUGGACCAACAACAUUAACGGCUGGACCAAUAACCACAACAAUCCCAACAACAACCAAACAUGGAACAAAAAUGACCACAGCUGGACCAACUACCACCACAGCUGGACUACCAACUACCAAAGCUGGCCCAACUACCACAACAUCAAGCCCCACAACAACCACAGCUGGACCAACAACUACCACAGCUGUACCAACAACUACCAAAAAUGGAUCAACAGCUACCACAGCUGGACCAAAAACUACCACAUAUAGCCCAAAAACAACAACAGUUGGCCCAACAACUUCCCCAUUUAGCACAUCAACAACCACAGCUGGACCGUCUCCCACCACAGCUGUUAAGACAACAACCACAGCUGGACCAACAAAAAACACAGCUGGACCAUCUCCCAACACAGCUGUUAAGACAACAACCACAGCUGGACCAACAAAAAACACAGCUGGCCAAACAACCAUUACAGCUCUACCAAUAACUAACACAGCUGGACCAACAGCUGAACCAACAACUACCACCUCUGGACCAACAACAACCACAGCUGGACCAACAACUACCAUAGCUAGCCAACCAACCACAAUAGCUGGACCAACCACAUCUGGCAAGACAACAAAAUCUGUUCCAACAAAGACCACAGCUGGUCCAACAACUAACACAGCUGGACCAACAAUAAUAUUUGGCCAAACGACCAUAACAUCGAGCCCCGCAACCAACACAGCUGGUCCAACAAAAAUCACAACUGGACCAACAACUACCACAGCUGGACCAACAACAACCAUAGCUGGGCAGAUAGCUACCGUAGCUGGCCAAACAACUACCACAACUGGCCCAACUAAAACAACGGCUGUCCCAACUGCUACCACAGCUGGACCAACAAUAACCACAUUUGGCACAACUAAAAUAACAGCUGUUCCAACUACAACCAUUGCUGGCCCAAUAACAUCUGACCAGUCCACAACCACAGCUGGACCAACAACUACCAAUGCUCAACCAACACCUACUACAGCUGGACCAACAACUACCACAACUGGUCUGUCUACAACCACAGCUGGCCCCACAACGACAGCAACAACAGCAGAUGGCAGUUCCAAUGUAGUUGCAUUACAGCCAGUUGUCUUGAUGCCAGUAGUCUUGAUGCCAGUAGUCUUGACUCCAGCAGGCAUGAUGCCAGUAGUCUUGACUCCAUCAGGCAUGAUGCCAGUAGCCGUGAUGCCACUGGCCAAUAUGCCAGUAUCUUCAAUGUCUGGCUCCUCUUCAGUUCAUAAUCAAUACAGUUUUCUUGUCUUAACAAUCCUUGGUCUCACAACCAGGCUUUUAAUUUAGUGAACUUUGUCAUGCGUUGCAAGUAUUUAUUACUUCUGUCAUUCAUUAACAUUAUUGUAUAAUUUCUAUUCAUAUAUUAUUCAUCUGUUACCGUCUAUUAUAUUUGUGUUAUCACAUUAUUUAUGGUUCUUUUGAUUGCAGGCAUAUUUUGCACCAUUAAAAUUAUAAAUGCGUGCAGUAAAAACAUCUAAAAUCUCUUUUCAGCCAGUAUUUCAUUAUGAGACUGUCAGCAGGCGCUUGGAUCCAAAGUUGAAGAUGAGGCUAAGAACAAUCAGUGCAUAGAGUGACCUUUUAAAACCUACAAAAUCCUUCCACACAACCAACUUUCUAAAAACCUGCUGACCAAGAGGGUCUAGCGUUAGCAUAGCCGAGCCAAAAGGUCUAGCAGCAGCAUAGCUGAGCCACAGGGUCUAGCAGCAGCAUAGCUGAGCCAAAAGGUCUAGCAGCAGCAUAGCUGAGCCACAGGGUCUAGCAGCAGCAUAGCCGAGCCAAAAGGUCUAGCAGCAGCAUAGCUGAGCCACAGGGUCUAGCGGUAGCGUAGCUGAGCCACAGGGUCUAGCGGUAGCGUAGCUGAGCCGCGGGGUCUAGCGGUAGCGUAGCUGAGCCGCGGGGCAUCGCCGUGGCGCUGCUUAAAUAUUUGACACGCUCUGCGACGACUGACAGCAGAAAUCCACAGAAAAUUAAACCA